UGGGCUCGCACUGUGGGGUUUGGGUUGUGUGGAAACGGACAGUUCACGCGCAGAGGCGUCGGUGGAGGACCAGGGCUCGUCCGUGCAGUUUGAGCGAAGCGUGUGUCUGCUCCAGGAGGCUGCGCAGACAAGAAAGGCGAAGCAGCAGGAUUUCACACAGAAGAGUGCACAUAGGGACACUCAGGAUAAGAAGCCAAAUUCUGCACUGCAGUGGAUUUUCCUCAGGUGUGUGGGAGUGUGUAUAAGAGUAUACGGACGCCUGAUCUGACAGAGGACUAAGUAGGCUUUGUUCACUUUCUCGUUAAAAUCGAAAGAACCCGCAGAAGCUUUGGGGAACGUCUGGAGGUCACCCCGUCCUAGAAAACUGUGCCACCCCUCCAGUUUCCAGACCACUUAGCCCCCCUCAGCCUUUUUCUUUUCAAAUCACAGGCACAGUGUGGUGGUCAGUGGUAAGCCCAUUUGGAGGCCUCAGACUGGAGAGCUGUGACUGACUGGUGGAUUGAUACGGUGGAUUUUUAAAGAACUGCAUGGACAUUUAACCAAAUGUACAUUUUAAAGCAAAAGUCCAGCUGUUCAAUUCAGCUUCACUAUAUUUGGAAAACUUACAUUUUUUUAUAAAGAAGAUUGGACCUUCCCAUCAAGCUGUUGUAGGACUAAGCAAAGGUGUCAAAUUUCACCUCAGGGAUCAGAUUUUUAUCAAUUUUUGACUGUUUAAUAGAAGUCAGCACGAUACAGCAACUCUCAGGCGGCUUUACAGGUUGGACAGGUUGCGGUCCAGUUUCACCUCAGGGAUUUUUGAACUAACAGCUUCCUUUUAUUUUUCCAAGACAUUGAUUUCAUUCGGAACACAGCAAAUCUCAGGCAACAAUUUUAUUUUUGGUUUAAGAACUGUCCUAUGAGCUCCUAUAACCAUGGCAUCUGACAGUUUCCAGUACCGGGCGCUCUUUGAGUACAAGCGGGAGCGCGGUGAUGACAUCAGCCUCCAGACGGGCGACCUGCUCACUGUCCCAAAGGCAACGGUGAUGGCCGUGCCAGGGCUGGACUACCAGGAUGGGGACGAGCGGAGUCCGAGAGGCUGGCUGCACGGCACCAAUGAGAGGACCAAAGAGACGGGAGACUUCCCUGGGACUUUUGUGGAGUACAUUGGGGUGAGGGUUGGCCCUCCUGUGGCCAAAUCCUGGCCUAGGCCUGUACCUCCGAUCCCCGGGGGGCCACACACCGACAUGGGGGCUCAGCCUCCUGGAGCAGCUGCUGCUUCAGGCCUGGAGGCGGAGUCUCUCUCUGAAGUGGCACCUGUGGUUGUUUGGAGACUCAUCGAUGCCAUCGAGAAACACGGUUUGAACAGUGAUUCUCUGUAUGGAGCACCUCCAGCCACCAAUGGACCUGCAGAGCUGCGGCAAGCUCUGGACUCAGAUCCUGUCUCAGUGGAACUAGACCAGUAUGAUGUGGUUUCUCUGACUGAUGCUCUCAGAGGUUUCCUGCAGGAGCUGCCUGUCCCCAUCAUCCCCACCAACGUCUACAGUGAACUGGUGUACACUGCUCAAGAGAGUCAGAGUGUGGAGGAGUGUGGGGAGAGGCUAAAGAGGAUCCUGGAAUCUCCCAGCAUCCCUCAGGCCAACCAACAGCUCCUGGUCCAUCUCAGCAGACACUUGGCCCGGGUCAGCCAGCAUAACCAGUCUGGCCCCCGACUGCUGGGACAGGCCUUAUCUGAAGCAGUCUUCAAGCACUCUCCUCUCAGUGCGGACGUUAACCCCGAGCAUCACGUCAGGAUCUUGGAGGCUCUCAUCGCAACAGGAGGUCUCAUGGAGAUGCAAGCGGCACCGGCCCUUCCCGCUGCCACCGCUCAUCAGAAGCCAACCUCCUAUCCAUCCCCACCUGCGCCAAGCACUGAACCUAGGGGGACAGAGUCUUUCUCCGUUGCUGCCCACUCCCUCUGGAACUCACUCCCAUAA